CUUCGAUGGACUUCGUUUGCAUCCAAUUUCAUCUUUCAGAUGAUAUGAUCGACCAAGAAGUCAUCCAGAGGAUGACAAUCACUACCACUGACCUUAUCGGGAUUGCCAACGACAUUUAUAGUUACAAUGUUGAGCAAGCUGGUGGCCAGAAAUGUGUCGUUUGUAACCUCGUCGACGUUGUACUACGUGAAAGAGGAAGGGGUGUGCAAGAUGCAAUGGAUAUUAUUGAAAAGAUGUAUCGUGAUCUCUUCCUUUCCCUUGUCGAUGAUUACAAUAAUUUCCCGACGUUCAAAGAUGCUGAGCAAGAUCGAGUGCUCAAAGAAUACGCACUAGGCAUGUUGGAUUGA